CAUGCGUUUAGUGAUAGUUUUACUUCCGAUAAUCAAAAUGUCUUUCGUUUUUAGAUUUAAAAUUAUACAAUUAUUUUUAUUUAUAACAAGUAGUUUUAACUGUUCAUUUUCACUGAGUAGUGAUGACGUGGAUAAGCUUCUACAACAGCACUAUGACUUCAAGGACUCCAUGCGUCAACAGUUUGGGGGUCGCUUCACCAUCGGCAUCAACGAUCCGCAAUCGGACACCGGCGAAUAUCCGGUCAGGCAGGCGGAGGUGAGGCCAUUCUACAUGGACACAUAUCCGGUCACUGUGGCACAGUUUUGGAAGUACAAGAUGGCAAAGAAGAAGUACCGGACGUCCGCCGAGACUAACGGUUACAGCUGGGUGCUGGCGCGCCUCGUGUCGGAUCUCAUCCGCCGUAGGUGGAGUUCCGAGUCGGCCGAUCCCUGGUGGCUCGCAGUGAAGGGAGCGCAAUGGGACAGGCCGGAAGGUCCCGGUACGCAUGCGCGGACGCGGCUUGACUACCCAGUGGUGCACGUGAGCUACCACGACGCCAGGGCCUACUGUCAGUGGUCGGGCAAGCGUCUGCCGACGGAGGAGGAGUGGGAGUACGCCGCCAGGGCGCAGCUGCCGGGUCUUCAAUAUCCAUGGGGCGACAAAUAUAAGAAAAACCGCAUGAAUGUUUGGCAAGGGAAGUUCCCGGAUGACGAUACGGCUUUGGACGGCUGGGCGGGACUCUCGCCCGUGGACGCCUUCCCAUCACAGAAUAACAAUAGCAUGUACGACAUGUUGGGUAACGCAUGGGAGUGGACGAGCACCCGCUACUACGAGCGCGUGGUUGACCGGAAGUUGCAGGAGCUCAAGUACGUGCUAAAAGGCGGCUCAUACAUGGAUACGAAGGACGGAUCCGCCAACUACGUCGUCCGUACCGCGAACAGGAUGGGCCAGGUCCCCGCGUACAGCGCUCACAACGUGGGCUUCCGAUGCGCAGCGAGCGCUCCCCACCUCGUGCAGCGGCAGCGGAUGACCGAGCAAGCCAAGGAGACCCCCACUACCACGCGCCGGCCUCCCAAGAUUCACCGACUGGAGGAGAUGGCGUUCCCACCGCCACGGUCGAACAGGAAGAAGGAAGAGUUAUGACGUCAUCAUUUGUUCAAUGCGGGUUUAAAAUCUCUAGAAGACACUGUAGGUGUAUACGAUAUGGUUAGUUGUGUAACUUUUCUCUGGAUGUCGUAGUUUGUAAGUCAGUAUAAUUGACUUUUAGUUGUA